UUAAAACUAAAACUAAAAUUAAAAUUAAAAUUGCCAGACACACAACACAAGAAAAACACAACAUUGGAGUUUCCUCAACCAAAUUUUCCCACAAUCUCUUCGGAGCUACCUAAGAUCAUUCUUUAUCCUAUGCACUGCGUUUUCUUCUUCAUUCUUCUCUUCCAUAUAAUAAUAUAAAUACAAAUACUUUAUUUAUAUACAAAUUUUCCUUUUGCCUGUAUUGUAGUAUUAGCAUAAUUUGUACUGUGUUGUUGUUGUUAUUGUUGUUGUAAAUGGCCAAUGCAUCUGGGUUGUUCCAUACUCCUUCGGUUCCAAACUUCAGAGUAAGGGUUCGUCCUCUCUCUCGAUUUCAAGGUUUUUCCACCAAAGUUUAUUGCUCCGGUAACAUCGAUGGAGCUCAUACCACUGUUUCCCCUUCUCAAUCUCGAAUACCCAGGCUUGUAAGUCAAGGGUGCAAGUUGGUUGGAUGUGGUUCUGCUGUGCCAGCUCUUCAGAUUUCAAAUGAUGACCUUUCAAAAAUUGUUGAUACUAAUGAUGAAUGGAUAUCUGUUCGCACCGGAAUUCGGAGGCGGCAUGUUCUUUCGGGUGGAGAUAGCUUGGAAACUUUAGCAGCAGAGGCAGCCAGGAAAGCUCUUGAGAUGGCAAAGGUCGAACCUGAUGAUAUUGACUUAAUAUUGAUGUGCACGUCAACACCGGAGGAUCUUUUUGGUAGUGCUCCACAGAUUCAAAAACAACUUGGCUGCACAAAAAAUCCAUUGUCUUAUGAUAUUACGGCUGCAUGUAGUGGAUUUUUGUUGGGUUUAAUAUCAGCUGCUUGUCACGUUAGGGGGGGUGGAUUUCGCAAUGUUCUAGUUGUCGGAGCAGAUGCUCUUUCACGACAUGUUGAUUGGACGGACAGAGGGACCUGUAUUCUGUUUGGUGAUGCUGCUGGGGCUGUACUAGUACAGGCCUGCGACAGUGAGGAAGAUGGUUUUUUUGGUUUUGAUUUGCAUAGUGAUGGUAGUGGUCAAAGGCAUUUGAAUGCUGGCAUUAAAGAAAAAGUAUCAAAUAAUGCAUUGGAUUCAAAUGGGUCUGUGCGGGGCUUUCCUCCCAAGCAGUCCUCAUAUUCGAAUAUUCAAAUGAAUGGCAAAGAAGUCUUUCGCUUUGCUGUACGAUGUGUUCCACAGACAAUUGAAUCUUCCCUUGAAAAGGCUGGUCUCCCUGCAUCUAGCAUUGAUUGGUUACUUCUCCAUCAGGCAAAUCAAAGAAUUAUUGAUGCUGUUGCCAAUCGAUUAGAAGUCCCCUCAGAGCGGGUGAUAUCGAAUUUGGCUAAUUACGGUAACACAAGUGCAGCGUCCAUUCCAUUGGCUUUAGAUGAAGCAGUUAGAAGUGGGAAAGUUAAGGCAGGACAAACUAUUGCAGCUGCUGGCUUUGGUGCCGGUCUUACUUGGGGUUCGGCAAUUGUUCGUUGGGGCUGAGUCGUCUUUCUCAGCAGCAUUGCAUUUGCAAAUAGCCGGCAUUUUCAAGUUCAAGUGCAACUCUCUAAAGAAUCCAAUUUCUUUAAAAUAUAUGUAGAAAUGGGGUAGUGAAUUUGCACAAGGAUAACCAGAGAAUCCAACACUUCCUCAACUUUUGUCCCCUUUUUUUUUUCUUCAAUUGAUAUUGUCUUUGGUCUUGUUUUGUCAAGUACCAAUUUUCUUUUUUCGAGAUAUGUAUUUGUCAUUCAGAUUUACCAUUUUAAAUUAAAGGAGGCUUACUAUUUACUAUGUUUCUAAAGGGUAGAUUGUAAAAAACAAUGCAGCAUGAACAGUGGCUGCUUCAUUGUACUCUAGAUAUACAUCCUUUCAACACCAACCAACUACCUAAUUUCAAAUA